CGGUACCUUGUAUACGUGAUCUACCACGUCAGAGCGCACGUACCAAUUUUGGAACCUAGACUUUUAUUCCAAUCUGUCACUUUCUACCAUGCAACUUGCCAUGAUGCAGUACAAAAUCAGCAGCAGACCCUGGUUACUAGCCUUGAAAGGCUUCAAUAGCCCCUUGGCUUCCCGGACGUUCUCUACAUCCCGUUGUUUCAGCGCGACUAACCAGAUUUACACUACUGUCCGCCGACCCGAUGAUUUACGCACGUACCAGCUUCUAUCAUCUUCUUCUCGUACGCCCCUCAUCACUCUCUGGACCACUUCGUGGUGUGCUACGUGCCAUGUCAUAGCACCGCUUCUUAAAUCCGUUGUUGAGUCCGGGGUGGGUGAAGAUGAGGGUGGUGUUGGAUACUGUGAGGUUCAAUUUGAUGCUCCUGAUAUCAUGAGUGAUGGACUUGGCAUGGAGUAUAUGAUCACUUCUAUACCAACACUGCUCAGCUUCGACGCCGGGGAGGCUCAAGUGCUCAGCAAGGUAAUUGACGGAAGAAAACUAGCUGCUCGGCAUUUUCUAGAGGAAUGGAUCCGAAACGAAGCGAGAAGACAUGGAGGCCGAGGCGGUGGCGGUUCUGGAGUCCUAGGUGGCCUUUUUAAAUCAUGGAAAUAAGACAUAUCGUAGGAUAUGCUAUGCUGUGCUUACGAUUAGCAGUGGUCGUGGCGUGCCGGCACAACGGCGUCGAUACCAAACCUCGUGGACUACUCGCUACUACUAACGAACACUUUUCAUUGGGGGUGUGGUAUUUAUACGAUAAGUUUUUCGUUGCCCUCGAAGUCGGAAGGAUCCCGCCUAUUCUAAGUAGAAUACUUCGUCAAGUACUUUCCACCACGCCGGAUUGCCGGAUUCGCUAUUCUGAGCACCGGGUACUAUACUCUGUAUCAGGAUAUCUAGUUAGUGGUCCGGUCCGGUUUGAAUAUCAUGCGUUGGAUUCUGAACUAUUCACCUCUUGAAAGCCAUCUGUCAUAGCCCACCACUCCCUAACCUUAGGGUUUUUGCGCAUGCGUUCCAUGUCACCGGCGUAGUCAUAUCCAACAUACUUAAAAGUCGCGAAAAGGAUAGCCGUGGUAGGAUCGUGAUAUAUGCUAUAGUCUCGUAUAUUGCAGUCCUUUAUCUGCUGUAAGACCUCGGGCCAUACGGCAUCGUGGACCUCUUUAUACUUGUCCACAAAUUCAGGUUUUAAUUUGACAAUCUGGGCAAUGCGGCGGACGUUCCGCUGU